AUGGCUUAUUAUUAUGUAUCGAUCACGUGCCGGUUACUUUUGUGUCUUUUCUACUCUCCUCUUGCAGUUGUCGCCGAUGCCACGAAUUACAUGAACGACACUGACCGUCUGGUCUUUGCUCAUUUUAUAAUGGGCACAAGCCGCGUGGGUAGAGCGUCAUCGGACUAUGAUCAGGAUAUGAAGCGAGCCAGGGCUUUUGGUAUUGAUGCGUUUGCCCUCAACAUUGGCGUUGACCCCUUCACCGAUCAGCAACUUGGCUUGUUGUACGAAUCGGCGUCCAAUAACGACAUGAAAGUCUUUAUUUCCAUUGACUUUAACUGGUGGCGUAUCGACCAAACUGGGCUUAUUGGCGAGAAGAUUGCUCGGUUUUCCAACCAGCCCGCACAGCUUCUUGUGGAUGACAAAGUUUUUGUCUCAUCAUUUGGUGGUGACGGCCUCGAUGUAAUGGCAUUACGCGCUGCAGUAGGGAGACCCAUCUUCUUUGCCCCCAACUUACAUCCGCCGUUUAGCACAGAGCUGGAAUCGAUCGAUGGUCUCUUGAACUGGAUGGCCUGGCCAAGCGACGGAAACAACAAAGCCCCAGCUCCCGGUCGGCGUGUUUCGGUGGCUGAUGGAGACACAAUAUAUCUUAAUGCGCUUGCAGGAAAAUCAUAUAUCGCGCCGGUUUCACCGUGGUUUUUCACGCAUUUCGGGCCCGAGGUAUCCUAUAGUAAGAACUGGGUUUUCCCGUCGGAUUUACUCUGGUUUCACCGAUGGAUGGAGCUCCUAGCCCUGAGUCCUCGUUUUAUUGAAAUCCUCACUUGGAAUGACUACGGAGAGAGUCAUUAUAUCGGGCCCUUAAAUUCUCCACACACUGAUGAUGGGGCUUCCAAAUGGACAAAUACUAUGCCUCACGACGGAUGGUUAGACGUUGCGAAACCAUUUAUUGACGCGUUCAAGCAAGGCGCGAGCUCCCCUGACGAGUUUGUCACGUCUGAUAAGCUGGUUUACUGGUAUCGGCCAAACCCUCGAGAGAUAUAUUGCGGGGUGACGGACACCUGCAUGUCCGAGGCCGAUAAUAGUAGCGGGAAUUACUUUAUAGGGCGACCGGAUGGCUGGCAGCAAUUGAACGACUCCGUGUUUGUUGUAUCUCUACUGACUUCCGCGGCUACCGUGCGAGUGAGCAGCGGAGGCAAUGUCUACUCCUACGAGGCGCCGCUAGGUGUAAGUGCUAAAGAGGUAUCAAUGGGAUUAGGGCCUCAGAGCUUUGCAGUCAUUCGUGGUGGGCAGACAAUUCUCUCGGGCACCGGCACAACGGAAAUCACGGACGAAUGUGUCUAUGGAGCAUACAAUUACAAUGCCUAUGGUAAGUUGUGUCCUACGUCCUACGGCCGGUAUCUGAUCUGCUAG